GGAGAGGGAUGGUGGGAUCGGCGGCCUACUCGGCGACCUCCAUUGUGGUGGUCAUGGCCAAGGACAAGGGCAGGGGCUCCAAGGGCGCCAAAGGCGGCGCCUCCUCCGGUCAGGUCUCUGAUCGGCGGCCUGCUCCUCGGAUCACCUCCAAUGUGAAGCACAACCUGAGGAUUUUGAAGUUCUGGAAGGACUUUGAAAGGAAGCAAACGACUGGGCGUCAGCCCGCGACUAGGUUCCGCAAAAAGAAAGUCAUGAAGGAAGUGCUCCCCGACGACACAGACUUCUACGAGGAUCCUUCCGCCACUCUGACAUGCACAAAUGAUGGCUUGGAGAUUGCGUCCCCGGUUAUCCUUGUGGAUGGCUACAACGUAUGUGGAUACUGGGGAAAGCUUAAAGCUGAUUUCUUGAAUGGGAAUCAAGGAAUUGCAAGGCAAAUGCUCAUUGAUGAGCUGGUAUCGUUCAGCGCAGUAAGAGAGGUAAAAGUUGUGGUCGUUUUUGAUGCUGCAAUGUCUGGGCAAUCUACACAUACUGAAACUUAUAGAGGGGUUGAUGUGGUAUAUUCUGCUGACUUAUCUGCUGAUUGUUGGAUUGAGAAGGAGGUUGAAGCUUUGGUGGCAGAUGGAUGUCCAAAGGUCUGGGUUGUAACGUCGGAUGUACUGGAGCAACAGUUAUCACACGGUGAAGGUGCUCUUAUUUGGAGCUCCAAAAGACUGGUCAAAGAGAUAAAAGAAUCAGAACUGGAGCUUGAUGAAGAGCUGAAGGAAACCAGGUCAACAUCGUUACAAGGAAAGAUUUUCCAGAACAAGCUGAAACCAAAAGUAGUUCAAAGUUUGAAAGAUCUUCGGAAUCGGUUGGAGGAACAAGAGCGGAGGAAGAAAUGACCACCAAAGUUGAUCGAUGUAUCAAUCGCAUCGAGCUGCUGUAACAACAAUUUACAAGGGGGGAGAGAGGUGUAUAUUUUUGCACAGGGGAGGAGCGCCUCAACUGAUGUUUGAUCAGUAGGUCAGGGUUGCCGGUUCGACCACAGACUGUCAAUGGAAACAACGGUUUUCAUUGGAAAUGGAAGUCUGGACAUCGUAGGGAAGCAGUUCGUAGAGGGAGAGACCACAAAAUCUCUGAAUCUUUUUUUGUUUCGUUUGAUCAUAAUCCUGCAGAGUAGAAAGCCAUGAGCUGUAUGUAUUUGUUUAUAUGAAAAGAGAGCUGUACUUCCUGUGGGGCUAGGUAACAACACGUAUGUAUUUGUUUAUAUGAAAAAAUAAAGUUGUAUUUGCUGAA